ACGUGCUCCGCCCCGCCGUGGUGAAGCGUUUCCGCCAAGAUGGUUGUCGGUGCUUUCCCUAUCGCCAAGCUCCUCUACCUCGGAGUGAGGCAAAUGAGCAAGCCUGUGGCGAACCGGAUAAAAGCUGGAGCCCGGAGAAGCGAGUUCUUUAAAAACUACGUCUGCCUGCCGCCGGCGCAGCUUUAUCACUGGAUUGAGAUGAGAACGAAGAUGCGGAUCAUGGGCUUUCGGGGUUCCACCAUUAAGCCGCUGAAUGAGGAAGCAGCCGCAGAGCUGGGCGCAGAGUUGCUGGGGGAGGCGGUCAUCUUCCUCGUCGGUGGCGGUUGUAUGGUGCUGGAGUACAGCAGGCAGGCUGCCAACUCUCGCCGCAAAGAGGAUGAGUUGAACGAGACCAUCACAGGGCUACAGACUCAAAUAGCAGAGUUAGCAUUAACCACAGAGACUCUAAAUGCACAGCUGAGAGAGAUCAACAGGCAACUGGUUUCCUUUCCUGUUCCCACCAAAAAAUGACAACGCCACUUCUUUGCUAGGCAUGUUGUUGGUCUGUGUGUGAAGGAGCAGAGUGCACCUACAUAGUGCUGUUGAAUGUACAGCUGGAUAACUGCCCUGUUUCACACACUGCCCCCUGCCAUACAGUUGAGUGGAAGAGGUGGGCAUAAGCAUAUCACUGCGCUGUGGAUUUGGGCGCUGUCAUUUGCUCUUGUUUUGAGCAACUAGUUGUAAAUUGGGAUUGCUAUGAUAUUCAUAGUGAACUUCUGUGGUUGAUUGUGCAUGUUCAUUAUCAAGUCAAGUGUAUAUAAAGAUUUGCAGUACAAGGCAAAGGGUGACCUUAAAAUUAAUAUAUUUUAUAGCGGCUGCAGCCUCAUGGACCUUCAUCACUUAGGAAAUGCUGGUUUUCAUGCUUUAUUGGCUUCAACUGUGAGUCAUGAUUGGUUAAAUAAUAGCUAUAAGAAAUGACAUUUUUGGAACUUCAAAUAACAAGUGACAACAAAACAAAUGAACAUCAGGUCACGAGUGGAUUUAUUUUUGAUAGUAUGUGCCCCUACAGUUUCAUGUACAUUUCAUGUUGUGAUUGCUGGUUCAUGUACAUUGGAUGUGAUGACAGCUGACAUGAUGGUGUGAAUAAAAAGGGUAUGCUCUCUGUUAA